AUGGUUGUGGAGUGUCGAGAUAUUUGCUCGGGACCCAUGGUUGUAGAGUGUCGAGAUAUUUGCUCGGGACCCAUGGUUGUGGAGUCUCGAGAUAUUUGCUCGGGACCCAUUGUUGUGGAGUGUCAAGAUAUUUGCUCGGAACCCAUGGUUGUGGAGUCUCGAGAUAUUUGCUCGGGACCCAUUGUUGUGGAGUGUCAAGAUAUUUGCCUGGGACUCAUGGUAGUGGAGUCUCGAGAUAUUUGCUCGGGACCCAUGGUUGUGGAGUCUCGAGAUAUUUGCUCGGGACCCAUUGUUGUGGAGUGUCGAGAUAUUUGCUCGGGACCCAUGGUUGUGAAGUCUCGAGAUAUUUGUUCGGGACCCAUUGUUGUGGAGUCUCAAGAUAUUCACUAG